AGUCGGUCGGUCGGUCGUCGGUCGUCCUGUCGUUGCCGUCGCCGCCGUAGGCGCCACCUGAGGGAGCCGCAGCCGUGGGACGUGACUGGACCCGACCCGACCGCGCUGCCCGUGGCCGUCCCGGGUUCCAGCCGCCCUCGACAGGGACGUCGAGCAACUUCGUUCAGAAUGACUGAGGAAGCAUGCCGAACACGAAGUCAGAAACGAGCCCUUGAACUGGACCCUAUAGAGGAUGAUGUGGAGAGCAAGAAAAUGAAAAUGGAGAGAGGAUCGUCAGCUUCAGACUUAAACUCUGAUGGAGAUACAAGGGUGACACCUGAGCCAGGAGCAGGUCCAGCCCAAGGAUUGCUGAGGGCAGCAGAGGCCACCACAAUGGGCAGAGGUGAUGGACUGGUGAGCGACGGGCCAGUGGAUAUGCGAACCUCACACAGUGACAUGAAGUCUGAAAGGAGACCACCCUCCCCCGAUGUGAUUGUGCUCUCUGACAAUGAGCAACCUUCAAGCCCUAGGGUGAAUGGACUGACCAAGAUGGCCUUGAAGGAGACCAGCACUGAGGCUCUCCUGAAAAGUAGUCCUGAAGAACAAGAAAGAAUGAUCAAGCAGCUAAAAGGAGAGCUAAGAUUAGAAGAAGCAAAGCUUGUAUUGUUGAAAAAGUUGCRGCAGAGUCAAAUACAAAAAGAAGCUACCACCCAGAAGCCCACGGGCUCCACUGGGAGCACUGUGACUACCCCUCCCCCACUCGUGCGAGGCACCCAGAACCUUCCUGUUGGCAAGACAUCACUUCAGACCUCUUCAACUCGAAUGCCUGGCAGUGUCAUCUCGCCACCCCUGGUCUGUGGCAGGCAACAGGUGUUUUAGCUGGGACCUCAGGGGAGCUCACAGGUCGUCAUGCCCCCACUCGUCAGGGGGGCUCAGCAAAUCCACAACAUCCGACAACAUUCCACCACGGGGCCACCGCCUCUCCUUCUGGCACCCCGGGCCUCUGUGCCCAGUGUGCAAAUUCAGGGACAGAGAAUYAUCCAGCAGGGACUCAUCCGUGUCGCCAACGUCCCCAACACCGGUCUACUUGUCAACCUCCCACAGCCCACCCCAGCAUCACUGAAGGGGACAACAGCUGCCUCCUCUCAGACCAACUCCACACCUACCAGUGUGGCUUCUGUGGUUACUUCUGGUGAGUCUCCAGCCAGCCGGCAGGCGGCCGCCAAGCUUGCACUACGCAAACAACUAGAGAAGACACUGCUGGAGAUCCCCCCACCCAAACCCCCAGCCCCAGAGAUGAAUUUCCUGCCCAGUGCUGCCAACAAUGAGUUCAUCUACCUUGUUGGCCUGGAGGAGGUGGUGCAGAACCUACUGGAGACACAAGCAGGCAGGAUGUCGGCUGCUGCAGCUGCCGCUGUGCUAUCCCGGGAGCCCUACAUGUGUGCACAGUGCAAGACGGACUUCACAUGCCGUUGGCGGGAGGAGAAGGGCGGGGCCAUCAUGUGCGAGAACUGCAUGACAUCCAACCAGAAGAAGGCACUCAAGGUGGAGCAUACUAGCCGCCUGAAGGCUGCCUUUGUGAAGGCACUGCAACAGGAGCAAGAGAUUGAACAGCGCCUCCUGCAGCAGGGCACGGCCCCCACAACCACCACCAAGGCUGAGCCCAGUGCUGCCCCCCACUUGGCCCUGAAGCAGGUCAUAAAACCCCGGCGUAAGUUGGCGUUCCGCUCAGGAGAGGCCCGAGACUGGAGUAACGGGGCUGUGCUACAGGCCUCUAGCCAGCUGUCCCGAGGCUCAGCCACAACGCCCCGUGGUGUACUGCACACAUUCAGCCAGUCUCCCAAACUGCAGAACACAGCCUCGGCCACAGCCCUGGUCAGCAGGACUGGCAGACAUUCCGAGAGAGCUGCAGGUGCUGCCAAGGGCAGUGCCACCUCCAACUGGAAAAAAACGCCCCUGAGCACAGGCGGGACCCUGACAUUUGUCAGUCCAAGCUUGGCAGUUCAUAAGACGUCCUCUGCUGUGGACCGCCAGCGAGAAUACCUCCUCGACAUGAUCCCACCACGCUCCAUCCCCCAGUCGGCCACGUGGAAAUAGUGUGAGCCAGGCCCAGUGGAGGACAGGCUCCCUCCUCCCUCCCACCUGGCCCUUGGUCUGAAAGGACACACCACACUGCCCUCUGCGAGCGAGUGAUGGCCAUGCUGCUACUGAAGCAAGAYCUCAGUCCUUGGUUGCAGAGCCUCAUCGCAGCUGGGGAGAGGGGUGCUGCUUCAUGGUGGRCAAGGAUCAUAACUGAGGGACCUUUCCGUGGGCUUUCUUCCUUUCUCUCUUUGCCUUUAGUUUGCCCGACACCAGCAGAAAAGUGGACCUCGGGGGGCUGGCUGUGCUCCUGGCCCCCUCCCUCCGCCCCCGGCAGGCACACACAGGCGGUUCAUCUUGGACACUGUGACACACUCAGGCGAGGCUGGCACCCAGGGCUUCUGAAGUCGAGCGAGGCAUUUCAUUCUUUUUUGCUUUUCCCCAUCUUAGGCUCCCAGUCUUCAACUGCCUCCCCCCAUGGCAACCUAUAGGUUGAAGUUGUUGUUUUUUUUUUUUUUUUUUCCCCUAAUCACCUCAUGAUGAUGGAGUUUAAAGUAAACCGUGCAGGUCCAGGGGUCUCUGUCGUGCAGUGUAGUCCCACCAGGCCCAUAUGCUGGAAGGUGGUUCACUGAUGGUGCCGCAGCCCCCAGCAGAGAUGGCUGGCCCAACCCAGAUGACUGAUGGACACAGGGACAGCCAACAUGGCUCUUGCUUCAGCUGAAAGCCUCCAUUGCUGCUUGUUCGGAGACCCCCAGACUUCCCACACGUAGCAGAAGAACAAACUGCAGCCAGACCCAGCCAGAGACCCAGGGAUUCCCGAAGCGGUGCGCUGCCCUCAAAUCAGGGAGGAGAGAAUCAACUGGCAGCCACACCCAGGAGCCUGAGCAGGAAGUUGCGGGGGAGGGCUGCUGUGGGGGUUUUUUGUUGUUGUUGUUAUUGUUGUGGUUUAUUUUAUUAAAUUUUUUCCUUUUCUUUUCUUAUCUUUUUGAUGGACACAAUCUCAAGCCACCCUGGCAUGUGCACCUGUCAGUGAGCACGCACAGGUGUGUCCAGGCUAGGAGGCGCCGUCCAGGUGUGUGGCGAGCUGCUUUCCCCCAGACUUAAGGAUUUCCACUUGGGAUUAAUUAGAACCUUUCCUUAAAGCUGGCGGUUGCUGUCAGGGUCUGCUUUCAGACUUCUUUUCUCUCUCUAUUCCCCUUUAGAAUCUACAGAAAUGUUUUUUUUUUUAAAGGAUCAGGUCUGCAUAUAGUUUCAUUUUCUUUUUAUUUCUUGCCCUUCUCACUCCUUAAAAAUUGGUUCUGUGAGAAAAGGUGGAAGCCGUUCUGCGUCUACCACACACUGGGCCAACCCUGGGCCCAUGUGAGGGUAUCCCCUGUACAUGCACAUCUGUGUGCCUACAAGAAGACUGGGCACCGCCAUUCCCCAGUUCCUCUCCAGCCCAUUUUCCUACUGAUGCAUUUAGGGACUUUAAUUUAAAAUCCUUAUCUGUAGGACCGCCUUCUCCAAACACAACUGCUACAACAUUCUAAUAAAGGCUCAUUUAACCCCCA